GCCCCCGGGCGCUGCGCGGCGGCCGCAGAAGAGGAGGAGACCGGCGGGCCCGGGAGGAGAGGCGCGGAGGGGAGCGGAGCUAUGCUAAACCCGGGGUACCGCUGAGGCGGGGCGGGCCAGGCCAGAGGCGGGGGCUCUCCAGCGGCGGGCGCGUAGGGGCCCGGCUCCCGAGGCGGCGGCAGGCAGCAUUUCGGCGCGGGGAGCGGCUCCGCAGCCACCGGGCCAAUGAACAUGUCAGUGUUGACUUUGCAGGAAUACGAAUUCGAGAAGCAGUUCAACGAGCAUGCGGCCAUCCAGUGGAUGCAGGAGAACUGGAAGAAAUCAUUCCUGUUUUCAGCUCUCUAUGCUGCCUUUAUAUUUGGUGGUCGGCACCUAAUGAACAAACGAGCAAAAUUUGAACUGAGGAAACCACUAGUGCUCUGGUCCCUGAGCCUUGCUGUCUUCAGUAUAUUUGGUGCUGUUCGAACUGGUGCUUACAUGCUGUACAUUUUGAUGACCAAAGGCCUGAAGCAGUCAGUGUGUGACCAGAGUUUUUACAUUGGACCUGUCAGCAAAUUCUGGGCAUAUGCAUUUGUGCUAAGCAAAGCACCUGAACUAGGUGAUACAAUAUUCAUUAUCCUUAGGAAACAGAAGCUCAUCUUCUUACACUGGUACCACCACAUUACUGUCUUACUUUACUCUUGGUAUUCCUACAAGGACAUGGUGGCUGGUGGUGGCUGGUUCAUGACCAUGAACUAUGGGGUACACGCUGUGAUGUACUCUUACUAUGCCUUGAGGGCUGCUGGCUUCAGAGUCUCACGCAAGUUUGCCAUGUUCAUCACCUUGUCACAGAUCACUCAGAUGCUGAUCGGGUGCGUGAUCAAUUACCUGGUCUUCUCCUGGAUGCACCACAGCCAGUGCCAUUCCCACGUGCAGAACAUCAUCUGGUCCUCUCUCAUGUACCUCAGCUACUUUGUGCUCUUCUGCCAUUUUUUCUUUGAGGCCUACAUCGGCAAAACUAAGAAAGAAAGGAAGGUGGAGUAGUUAGGGAAAGGAGAAGCCAUAGCUCAGGGUCAUCAAGAAAAAAACAAACAAACAAAAAAACCAACAAAAUCACCAGAAAAGCAAAUGGCACAAGGAAACACAUACAUGUAUGGUGCAGCUACAACUUGGCAGCUUAGGAAAAGUUAGCUUGGUUUAACCCAGUAAGUUCAUGAUCCUAUCAUGGUGAGGACUCACUGAAUUCUACUCUAUCUCAAAGGACGGCUGAUGAAAGACAAACUUCCUUCUUGUACCUGUCUGCUCUAGAAAAGAAAGAAGAGGAAAAAAGAAAAGGAAAAGGAAAGAAAAAAGAGGAGAAAAGAGAAAAGGAAUAAUAUUGAGGGGGAAAGAAGUACAUUAAUUAAGGAGUGUGUUUCCCCAGGGUGGAGGACUUUUUUUUUUUUUUAAAGUUUCUAAAAGCUUUCUAAUAAGUUUUCAGCAGCAAACUUGAACAAAGCAAAGCAAAGUGGCAAAAAUAAAAAUAAUCUGUCUAUGUUAACAGUAAAAUCACAAAAUUACUUUCAAUAGAAGCUUGAUACCUUUAGCCAAACUGAAACUCAAAAGGCUGUUUCCUGCAUGGAAUGUGGCUGAACUCCACACAGUGGUCAGGAAUGGAAAAGAGAAGAGAAGAGAUUGAUUUCUCCACUAUGUUACUCUGCUGGGGAAGCAGAUCUGGGAUGUAGAGUCGCCUGCCUCAGGAGGUGGAAAGAAGCAGUACUUUUUUACAGGAGUUUAAUGUGCAAAGAUGCACUGUUGCAAUACAUAUCUCAGAGAGUGCGUUUUUCCAAGUGCAUUUUUUCAGUUCAAGGCAAGGAAUUUCAGCAGCAGGAUAAGUCCUAGAAGGUCUAAUCAAUCAAUAUAUGCUAAAUUAUCAGGGGCUAAUAGGAGAGGGAUGUUCAGGAGGGAGAGGGAAAUAACUCUCCUCAUGAUUUUUAGGAAUUAGCCUUUAAUCUCAAUUUUAACCCACGGCAACGCUGAAUUAAACGGGGGAAAUGGGAAGAAAUCCUAGUUAGCAAGAAGAGCGUGAUUUAUCUGCCCACUGCUUUCAGAACAGAGCCCCCUGGUACAACCCGGAUCCUGUAUUUUUCUGGACACCAGGAUACCUGGAAGGGUGGGAAGAGGCGGCAGGACUGGGUGACACUGUGUAACACUGUGCUUCUGCAUCUGCCGCCGGGGCGGUGCAAAGAUGUUCCAAGUGCCCUCCUCUGGUCAUGUGGAGAUACUACUACAAAACAUACUUGGAAUAGGGUUUUUUUUCUUGAGAUUUGUAUAG